AUGGCAGGCCCCAAUCUCAAGGUGGUCUACAUCUCAAUAGUAGGAGAACAGAACGAGACCCUGUUUAGCCGCUCGUUUGGAGAUGUGGAUGAGUCAGAAAUGCAGUUUUCAGUCUAUGCCUCCAUGGACAUUAUCAAGGAGCAAGUCUCGCAGCAAAUAGCAGGGAGCGCCACGUCCGGUGACCCGUACCUGGGAUUCAUAAGUCCCACGUUGAUAGGCCUAAACUUCUAUAAAAUAUACGCCUAUGUGGCGGCAACGUGCUUCAAAAUAAUCGCAAUCAUAAACGAUAAUGAGGUUCCUCCCUCCAGGAUUCGUGAGGUGAGUUUAAGUCGUCAGUAG